CCUCCUGUGAGUCGAGUCUUGGAGUGCAGCCGCCGGGCGCGCGUUUCCGCCGGGCUGGAGCGCGCCGAGCACUGCUUUUCUCGGGCCGCCAGGGACAAGGGGCGGUGACCUCGGUGCGCGCCCGGCGUCCCGGUCUCCCCGCCCGCUCCCCGGCCCCCGGCCCGCGCCCGGGCCGCCAGCAUGGUGCUGCUGGCCGGGCCCGGGCCGGAGGGCGGCGGGGCGCGCCGCGUGUCUCCGCAGCCGCCGUCCCCACCCCGGGACGCGCAGGCCGGGGAGGACCCAGAUGACUACGAGGAGUACGAGGACUUCUCAAGUCUGCCUGACACCCAUAGCAUCGCUUCAGACGACUCCUUCUACCCUUCUGAAAGCGAGGAGGAGUACAGCUCCGUGAGCGCGGAGAGCGUCCCGGAGGGCGUCCCGGAGGCGGCGACCCUCCUGCGCGCCGCCAGCGCCAACGACGUGGGGUUGCUGAGGGCGCUGGUGCGGCGGGGCCCCAGCGCUGAGGAAGUGCAGGAGACCGAUCGCAACGGCCGGACUGGCCUUAUUGUCGCCUGCUAUCACGGCUUUGUGGACACCGUGGUGGUCUUAGCAGAGUGCCCCCAUGUUGACGUCAACUGGCAGGACAGCGAGGGGAACACGGCCCUAAUCACAGCUGCACAGGCAGGACACGUCACCAUCACCAACUACUUGUUGAACUAUUUCCCCGGCCUUGACCUUGAAAGGAGGAAUGAUUUUGGGUUCACGGCCCUGAUGAAAGCCGCCAUGCAGGGCCGAACGGAGUGCAUCCGAGCCCUGAUGCUAGCAGGGGCAGAUGUCCAGGCCAGGGACUCCCGCCGUGGGAUGACAUCCCAGGAGUGGGCGGCUUUCACAGGACGGUUCGAAGCCGUCCGCGUCUUCCAGAGGCUGCUGGAGCGACCCUGCGCGGAGCAGUUUGGGGAAAAGUACAAACCAGAGCUUCCACUGCCCCUCGAGGCGGGUCCGAAGCCUCCGGGCUCCAAAAACUGCUUGCAGAGGCUCACCGAAUUUGUGCGGUCUGCGCUGACCUCCCGCUCGCGCCAAGGCCUGGAGGAUGGAGGGGUUAUGGACCACAUGGUCAGGAUGACCACGAGCCUCUACAACCCCGCCGUGGCCAUUGUUUGCCAGACCGUGUGCCCCGAGGACCCCCCCUGUGUGGGAAAAAGGCGGCUGGCGGUUCAGGAAAUCCUGGCGGCGCGGGGGGACCCGGACACACAAGCUCAGGAAAGGGACAAGGCGGAGGGCACCGAGCAACCAUUCCGGACCUCCCCGGCGGCGGGGGUCUCCAGAGAGGAGACCCCCAGAGCCAGCCUCCCGUCUCCCCAGCUGCCAGCUGCCCCGCGGAGGGCCAGCCUCCUGCCCCUGCAGCUGCUUCGGCGGAGCAGCGUACGGCCGGGCGUGGUCAUCCCCAAAGUGCGCAUCAGCAAGGCGCCCGCGCCCACCUUCCAGCCCGAGAGGGCGGCGAGGGGCAGCACCAAGGACAGCGCCCACCUGCAGCUCCCCAAGUGGCGGUACAAGGAGGCCAAGGAGGAGAAAAGGAAGGCGGAAGAAGCAGAGAAGCAGCGGCUGGCGGCGGCGCAGAAGGAGAAGCGGACACCGUCCUGGAGGAGAAGGACGUGAGAGGGGCAGCCGCCCGGAAGGUGCGUCCGGCGCGGGGAGGCAGGACGCCCAGGCCCGCCGCGGAGGUGCUGCUGCCCGGAGCCCCAGAGGAGGCGGCGGGGAGGCCGUGCGGCUCCGUCCCGGGAAGGAUGCGCCUCCGGGCGCCCCCCGCCCCGGGCUUGCCUUUCACUCGCCGCGCACCCCUGCGCCCACAGGCUCCUUCAGGGGCCCAGAAACCGGUUCCUGUCUGUUUGGGCCGCACCAAGAAUGAACUGGGCAUAAACACAAAUCAGUCUGCGUAAAAUCAGUUCGGCUAGCAUCAGUACACCUAGUGGGCAUUUUGCCUGAAAGUCUGCCUUUAAAACCUCAAUUAAGAAAAUUUUAGGAGCAGUUUAUCAAAAGAACAUUUUCUGCGUAAUUUUGUAUUUUUAAUCACAAUCAGAUUUACAGCAUUUUACCAGUGUAUUUAAGAUGGUUUUUAACACAUUUGCCUGAAGACCCUUUGUUUAAAAUACCGUUUCUAGCAAUAAUUAGUUGUAAUAUCUCUGAUUUCGCACAGAAUUUGUGACACUCUCCCCCUUUUUUGCUGUUUGUUUUGGUCUCUGCCUUUUCAUCUCAUUGUGGGUGCCCAUGAGCACUGCAUGUUCUGAAUUUGAUCAAGUGAUGCUGAAUGUUUGUUUCUACUUGGUGGAGGCAAUUUACUUUUACAGAAAAAUGAUCAAGUAAGAUAGAAGAAUCAGAUUUCCUUGGAUCUUAGUUUUUAAGCUCUCUUGUCCAUACAGUGGUAAUAAUGAAGAAAAGCCAAUCAUCAAAGUAUGAAACAGUGCAAAGAGAAGCACAUAUUUAUUGCUAGAAUUAAGUUCAUUUUAAGCAAGGGACUUUUGAUAAACUGGAUACAAAGUCUUGAACACAUUCAAGAAUAGACAUAAGAGAAAAAAACUUGUUUAAUAAAAUGGGGGUAAAUUUAAUGAAUUAUUAGGAAUAAUAAAAUUAAGUCAUAUAUGCUCUUAGGUAAAUUGAAUUCAGAUAUCUCAAAAUGUAAAAAAGAUGCAAGAAGAAUAAGGAACCUGGAGUUCUGCAAACUACUGAACUAGGGGGCGGGGAUAAAUUCUUAGGGGGUGGGGGCUUAGAAUUGAAUAUUAAGCAAACAUGUUUCAGGCAGAUUCUCCUGGAGUGAGCUCGGUUGUUUCCUCCUCGAGACUCAGUUCCAAAGGAACCCCUGGUGUGGAAGUGCUUUUACUUCCCUUUGAUGACUGCCUCUGAUGUUCAUUUCACCCUCACGCCGGCUUUGCAGAAUUCCCAAGGUGUGGGACUUUGGCAGCGCACGUGUGUGAUUUGCCCUGGGCCCUGUGCUCUCCGAGAGAGUUUUCUGUCCCUACCUUUUAUCUCCAAAGCACUGAGAAAUUCUAAUGAAUCUCUGCCCAUCUGGGCUGUAGAGUAUCUGUCAUAUAUGCACUACCAACAGCACUUUAUUUAAAUAUUAUCCUUCUUGGAAGCCAUAGACUUAAAACAUUAUAGGCUGAUUUGGAAGCUCUUUAUUAUAACUCUGGAUUCGCAGGGGAAAUCGUGCUCCCUGGCCAUGUGGUGAUGAGUGCCGGUCUGUCUUGUGAUGUGGGUGGGUGGCGCCAGCCUCCCCUCCUCUCCUCCCACCCACGGGUGUUGAGUGUCUCACGCUCAUCUCUCCAAAAACCUCAAUAAACAGGCUGGCAGGCUGCACCCAGCCUGUUGGGAGACAGGUGUGAUGAUAACACAGCUUUUAAAGCCAGAUUUUAGUGAGUUCCUCCCUCAUCCCAGAAAGACACAAGAAAAGUGGCACAAAGGGCAGGACCCACUCUGAGCAUCACUGGUAUCAGUCAGUUGGCUGUGAGUCACCCACUUGCCUAUGAGUAGGGGUUGGCCAAGAACUCUUGGGUGAGAUGAGAGCUGGUCCCCGAGAUGGAGAGAAACACCCCUUGUCUCCCUGGCAGUUCAGUCCUUUGAGAUAUUUUUUGUGUUGAUACACCCUCAUUGCUUUGAAUGGCUGGCUGUAUUUUUCUCAUUAAGGGGUCACUCCCUGCCCCCUCUCUUCCAGUGCCGGUGACAGACAGGGGCACUGAUGGGUGGCGACCUCCUUCUCUCCACAUGUCCCCUCAGCUCUGUCACCACAUAUGGUCCCUACUGUCCCUUCUGUCUCCUUUCCUCCUCACUUGCUUGCUCUUUCUUUUCUUUUCUUUUCUUUUCUUUUCUUUUCUUUUCUUUUCUUUUCUUUUCUUUUCUUUUCUUUUCUUUUCUUUUUUCUCUUCUCUUCUCCCCUCCCCUCC